CGGCUGCUGGAGAGAGUGAGAUGAAGGCCUUGGUGUGAGGUGAAGCGGAGACUUGUCCUGCCAAAAUGAAAUGUACAUACAGAUUAUUAGUCUUAAUUGGUGGGGUAUUUUCAUUGUUAGUAAUGCUUGGGGUGACUGGGGACUUUACGAGAAUACUUGACUUUAGAAACCCAAGUUCUGUAUCUGAAUCUCUUCGGUCGGAGGUCAAGUUUGGUGGAUUUAAUAAGAGUGUUCUGACAACUGCCACUCAAGUACACCAACAACCAUUCAAGAUCACUGAGCAUCCCAGAACAGCUUACAAGACAAAGUUAAUACCGUCCAAUCAGGAGAAGAAAGAUAAAACAGUUGACUUGAAAGCUCUCACACCAACUGUAGUUCACCAUGAAAUAAAAAACACGAAAAAGAAUUUUCAGUCAUCUGUCAGAAGCACAGCAAACAAAAUGGUUCUAGCAGUCGUAUGUUGUGGGGAUCGCCUAAAUGAGACUCAUAUUAUGCUCAAGUCUGCUGCAGCAUUAUCUCACAGCCCUCUCAUGAUGAUUGUGUUUACCGAGGAUCCUCUCAAACCCAUCUUUGAAGAUAUGUACGCAUCAUGGCCAGCUGAUGUACGUGAGAGAGUGUCAUUAAACCUUCACAGCAUCAUCUUCCCCCCAGGACAAGAUGCAGCAGCCUGGAGAAAACUCUUCAAGCCUUGUGCCUCCCAGAGACUCUUCAUGCCUUCACUGCUGAAAGAUGUGGAUGCUUUGGUGUAUGUAGACACUGAUGUUGUUUUCCUGGCACCUCUGGAGGAGUUGUGGAGUCACUUCUACAAAAUGAAUUCAUCUCACAUGGCAGCCAUGGCUCCUGAACAUGAAGAUCUGGCCACCGGAUGGUACAAUCGUUUUGCUAAGCAUCCUUAUUAUGGCAAACUAGGUGUAAACUCAGGGGUGAUGUUGAUGAACUUAACCCGCCUACGUAAGUUUGGAUGGGAGGAGUAUGUGGUGCCCAUCUAUAGACACUAUAAACUAUCCAUUACCUGGGGAGACCAAGAUAUUAUCAAUAUUAUCUUCCAUUAUCAUCCAGACAAACUGUAUGUUUAUGGGUGUGAAUACAAUCUGCGUCCUGAUCACUGUAUGUACAUGAGUGUUUGUAAGGCAGCAGAGAAGAGAGGAGUAUUUGUUCUUCAUGGUAAUCGGGGUACAUUCCACAGUGGCAAGCAGCCAGCUUUUAGGGCUGUUUACCGUGCUUGGGAAGAGUAUAAUCUUGGCCAAGACCUGAGACAGGAUCUGUACUAUCCAAUGCAGCGGUAUCUCCUCAAGACAUCUAACACUACCUGUGGCAAGAUACAUAACGCAUUCCUUAAAGCUCUGAGUUCUAUAGUAAGAUUGAGAUGACCUGGGUGAAUUUAGGGUCUCCUUUCAAAUUAUUACAAUGUUUUAGAGAAUAUACUCUAUUGUAUACUACAUUUUUGGCAGCUAAAAAGCCAAAUUUUAUUUAAAUUAAUAUAUUUUGAUUUAUUUAAUAUUUCUUGACCAUGCUAUUGUAAUUGAUCUCUCUGUGUAAGUCUGAGGAAGUCAUAUUUAUCAAAUAUUAAAAUUUCAGUUGGUUUAAGUAGAAUUCUAAGACUGGACAAAUUUCCCUACUUGUUUUAGUUUUAAGUACAAUGCAGCACUACAGUACUGUGCUGUAUUAUACUUUAUGAUUAUUCCAGGACAGUGUCUAUCAUCAUGUAUUAAUUAUAUUGAUAAUCAGAUUUUAUGAUCAGUUAUAUAUUUUUGAUAAAUGUGAGUAUUUUUGUUUUCACCAUUCACAAUAUAUACUGGU